UAUACCGUUGCCGAGCCCCGAGCCCCCAGCAAACGGCCUCUCUCGCUCUUCACUUCUCUCUCUCUCUCUUUCUCUCUCUGCGAGAGCCUCUGCAGAAAUCUUUUCCUAAAAAGAGCACUUGAUUUUAGUGACGGCCUUACAAGCAAAGAUCAUGGUGACGACAGCAGAGAGAAGAGAGAACGUGGAAUACCGCCAUCAUUUCUUCUAAUUAUACGCCGUCGAGAUCGUAGCAAAUAAACGCUCAGGACCAGUUUUAACCACCCAAAUCGCGUCAAGAUCCCUCCUUUCUCUAGUUCUAACAAGUUUUAAACAUGAAGAGAUCAAGGAGCUCAGACUCCGUGCCCGGAGGUGACUUGUACGCCGCAAAGCUGCCCACCAUUCCGGAUGGGGUGGAGAAAGACGAAGAAGAAGAAGAAGAGGAGCUUUUCUCGGGCGAUCUUCCCUCUGCUGCCGGCGAAAAAAAGCGUCGUCUGAGCUUAGAGCAGGUAAGAGCUUUAGAAAAAAACUUUGAGCUGGAGAACAAGUUGGAUCCAGAGAGAAAGGUCCGGAUUGCACUUGAGCUCGGCCUGCAGCCCCGACAAGUCGCGGUUUGGUUCCAGAACCGCCGCGCUCGGUGGAAGACUAAGCAGCUCGAACGCGACUACGCUGCUCUUCGGAACAGCUUCGACGCUCUCGCUAUCGACUGCGAUUCUCUCCGCCGCGAUAAGGAAAUCCUCCUCGCUGAGAUCAAAGAGUUCAAGACAAAGCUGGGGUUGUCGGAGGAGGAAUCUGAGAGUAAGAUGGUGAAGGCCGAGGAUCCUCCUCCGCCGGCUGUGUACAAGGAUGGUUCGUCAGAUAGCGACUCUAGUGCCGUGAUUUACGAUGAAAACAGCUCUUAUCAGUCUGGAAUGCAGCUGCCGCCGGAGCUCCGUUGCAGGCCAAACGAACCAGAGGAGCCGCAGCGUUUGAUGUUGAGCAGCGGUUUUGAUUUCCACAUGAACUCCGAAUGGAGAGUUCAAAGAAGCUUCUUUCCAAAGGAAGAGCAUAACUUUCUAGCAGGAGAAGAGCAUUCCAAUGAUUUCUUUCAAGAUGAGCAAAAUCCGGUUUUUACCUGGUAUUGCUCUGAUCACUGGAGCUGAAAAGCCUGGAGUUGGAAAUUGGCCGCUUAGUUAAGGAUAAAAGACCUUCAUAAUCCUUCGCCGUUUAUAUUUAAACACUAUUUAUGUGUCGAUUUAAGGGGAAAAUGGGAGAAAAUUGUACAAAGUAUUGUUUAUGAGUAAGAAGAUCAGAGAGCUGAGAGAUGAACUGAAUAGCACAGCUGAAGGGUGAUUGGAGAAGAGAUUGAAGUCUGAGCUCGACAACUUAAUCCGAGCUUUCUUCGAGGUCUGGAGAAGACAAGAGAAUUUCAAUUUCAAUGUAAGAAAAAGAUUGAAACUCAGACGUUAUUCUGAUCUAAUAAUCUAAAAUUUAUCUCAAA